AGGCGCGAGGAGCAGGGCUGGAGGCGGCCGCCGCGGCGCGCAGUCCGGCGGCUCAGCGGGAGGGAGGCGCGAGGCUGGAGCCGGCGGCUGAGCUCCGCAGCACAGCCCGCGCAGCUCGGCGACCCGGGCUGGGCCCCAUGCCCGCAGCCCCACUAGACCACCCUUGAGCGCGGGCGUUUCGCCCGCGCCCCCCGCCUGUCGGCACCAUUGCCCCGACGGCGCGGCCGGGCGGCCCGGCGCUCCCCAGGCUCCGCGCCGGCCGGAAGACGCUGCUGGCAGCCGCCGCGGGCGUGGUGAUGCUGCUGGUGCUGGUGGUGCUCAUCCCCGUGCUGGUGAGCUCGGGCGGCCCGGACGGCCACUAUGAGAUGCUGGGUACCUGCCGCAUGGUGUGCGACCCCUACCCCGCGCGGGGCCCCGGCGCCGGCGCGCGGCCCGACGGUGGCGACGCCCUGAGUGAGCAGAGCGGCGCGCCCCCGCCCUCCACGCUGGUGCAGGGCCCCCAGGGGAAGCCGGGCCGCACAGGCAAGCCGGGCCCUCCGGGACCCCCCGGAGAGCCGGGUCCUCCGGGCCCCGUGGGGCCCCCCGGGGAGAAGGGUGAGCCGGGCAAGACGGGCCCUCCCGGGCUGCCUGGCGCGGGGGCCAGCGGCGCCAUCAGCACGGCCACCUACACCACGGUGCCGCGCGUGGCCUUCUAUGCCGGCCUCAAGAACCCUCACGAGGGUUACGAGGUGCUCAAGUUCGACGACGUGGUCACCAACCUCGGCAACAACUACGACGCGACCAGCGGCAAGUUUACGUGCAACAUUCCUGGCACCUACUUUUUCACCUACCACGUCCUCAUGCGCGGCGGCGACGGCACCAGCAUGUGGGCGGACCUCUGCAAGAACGGCCAGGCACCCCGUGCUGGGAUGGCUGGAGCCCGCUGGUUCUCCUUACCCUUCGGUUCCUGGGCGCUUGAUCCGAAGCGGACGCUGCUGGAAACAAGGAAGAUAAAUCCACCUAAUCUGAGUGCAGGGCUUCCAGUCAUGCAGGUGCGGGCCAGCGCCAUAGCCCAGGAUGCAGACCAGAACUACGAUUACGCCAGCAACAGCGUGAUCCUGCAUCUGGACGCUGGCGACGAAGUCUUCAUCAAGCUCGACGGAGGCAAAGCGCAUGGCGGCAACAGCAACAAAUACAGCACGUUCUCCGGCUUCAUCAUCUACUCCGACUGAGCUCCCCGCGGCCCCUUCACCCCCGACCCCUCCCCGGGCAGAGCAAAGGCAAAGCCCCUCUCCCACCCGCCCACCCGCAUCUGCAGGCCCUCCCCGGCUUUGGCGCUCUCUGCCUGUCUUCGCCUCCGACUGGGGUCCGCAAAGUCGGCCCAGGGCACCACUUUAGGGUCGUGUGGAGGCAGUGAGGACCCAGCCCGCCCGCAUUGUACAUUUGUACCAUAGGACUGCUACCUCCCACACCCGCCAUCUGCCCCAAGCCAGGAAGGUCUUUCAGAUACUCUGCCCUCCCACUGGGGGUGGCGCACCGACUUAGGGGAGGGUUGAGUUGAGGGGCUGGAUCGCCUCCCACAACCCUCUAAAGUCCUGGCUCUGGCUGCGCCCCCAUCUGACCAAAGCUAUAAUAAAACUUUCACCUUGA